CGGACGGACGCAAUAUAGAAAGUAGUGGAAAAACGAUGCGUUCGACAGAAUACUUUUCGGCCAACAUGUGGUUAUUGCAAUUGCUAGGAUGGAUGGGGUGUUGCUUCCUGAUGGUGCAGUGUCGAAGUGAUAGUGUAACACUCAGUCUGAUCAAUAUUCGAAAUAGAAUUAUGACGGCGCAAACAACUGAUAGUGAAGCUCAUUUUUAUACAACAACAAAAUCGCUGCCAACUAUCAUAUCGAACGGGGAUGUAACGACUUCGGUCUUAACUACAAUAACGACAACGCAAACUACUGACAAUUCGACGUUUACGACAACCGAAACCCUGCCAACAAAAACACCAGAAAUUGAUGUUGGGACUUCGGAAAAUAUACUGAUCAUAACAGAACAAACGGAAAACAAUUCAUCGAUUACAACAUCAGAGACUCCAAUGACGACAUCAGAAGUUAAUGCUACGACGUCGGAGAAUAAUUCAAUUACGACAACGCAGAGAACCAACAUUUCCCCGAUUAUAUCAUCUGAGGCUCCAGUGACAACAUUGGAAGUCGAUGCUACUACAUCUGAGAACAUCCCAAUGACGACAGCGCAGACAACCAACAAUUCCCCGAUCACAACAUCUGAGGCUCCAAUAACAACAUUGGAAGUCGACGCUACAACGUCCAAGAAUACUCCAAUUACAACAGCGCAAACUGGAGCUCCAAUAACGACAUUGGAAGUCGAUGCUACAACAUCCGAAUAUACUCCAAUUACGACAGCGCAGACGACUAACAAUUAUCCGAUCACAGCAUCUGAGGCUCCAAUAACAACAUUGGAAGUCGAUGCUACAACAUCUGAGAACAAUCCAAUGACGACAGCGCAGACAACCAACAAUUCCCCGAUCACAUCAUCUGAAGCCCCAAUAACUACAUUGGAAGUCGAUGCUACAACAUCUGAUAACAUUCCAAUUACGACAUCGCAGACAACUGACAAAUCCUCGAUUACAUUGUCCGAGACUCUAGUGACAACAUUGGAAGUCGAUGGUACAAUGUCCGAAAAUACUCCAAUUACGAUAACGCAAACUGAAGCUCCAAUAACGACAUUGGAAGUCGAUGCUACAACGUCCGAAUAUACGCCAAUUACGACAGCGCAGACAACCGAAAAUUCCCCGAUCACAACGUCCGAGACUCUAGUGACAACAUUGGAAGUCGAUGCCACAACAUCCGAGAAUACUCCAAUUACAACAGCGCAAACUGAAGCUCCACUAACGACAUUAGAAGUCUUUGCUACAACAUCUGAGAACAUUCUAAUUACCACAGCGCAGACAACCAACAAUUCCUCGAUCACAUCAUCUGAGGCUCUAGUGACUACAAUGGAAGGCGAUGCUGCUACAUCUGAGAACAUUCUCAUAACGACAGCGCAGACAACCAACAAUUUCCCGAUCACAUCAUCUGAGGCUCCAGUGACAACAUUGGAAGUCGAUGCUACAACAUCUGAGAACAUUCCAAUUACGACAUCGCAGACAACUGACAAUUCCCCGAUUACAACGUCCGAGACUCCAAUGACAACAUUGGAAGUCGAUGCUACAAUGUCCGAAAAUACUCCAAUUAUGAUAGCGCAAACUGAAGCUCCAAUAACGACAUUGGAAGUCGAUGCUACAACGUCCGAAUAUACUCCAAUUACGACAGCGCAGACAACCAACAAUUAUCCGAUCACAACAUCUGAGGAUCCAAUGACAACAUUGGAAGUCGAUGCUACAACAUCUGAGAACAUUCCGAUGACGACAGCGCAGACAACCAACAAUUAUCCAAUCACUGCAUCUGAGGCUCCAAUGACAACAUUAGAAGUCGAUGCUACAAUGUCGGAAAAUACUUCAAUUACGAUAACGCAAACUGAAGCUCCAAUAACGACAUUGGAAGUCGAUGAUAUAACGUCCGAAUAUACUCCAAUUACGACAACGCAGACAACCGAAAAUUCCCCGAUCACAACAUCUGAGGCUCCAAUGACAAUAUUGGAAGUCGAUGCUACAACAUCUGAGGACAUUCCAAUUACGACAUCGCAGACAACUGACAAUUCCCCGAUUACAACGUCCGAGACUCCAGUGACAACAUUGGAAGUCGAUGCAACAAAGUCCGAAAAUACUCCAAUUAUGAUAGCGCAAACUGAAGCUCCAAUAACGACAUUGGAAGUCGAUGCUACAACGUCCGAAUAUACUCCAAUAACGACAGCGCAGAUAACCAACAAUUAUCCGAUCACAUCAUCUGAGGCUCCAGUGACUACAUUGGAUGUCGAUGCUACAACAUCUGAGAACAUUCCAAUUACAACAUCGCAGACAACUGACAAAUUCCCGAUUACAACGUCCGAGACUCCAGUGACAACAUUGGAAGUCGAUGCUACAAUGUCCGAAAAUACUCCAAUUACGAUAACGCAAACUGAAGCUCCAAUAACGACAUUGGAAGUCGAUGAUACAACGUCCGAAUAUACUCCAAUUACGACAACGCAGACAACCGAAAAUUCCCCGAUCACAACAUCUGAGGCUCCAAUGACAAUAUUGGAAGUCGAUGCUACAACAUCUGGGAACAUUCCAAUUACGACAUCGCAGACAACUGACAAUUCCCUGAUUACAACGUCCGAGACUCCAGUGACAACAUUGGAAGUCGAUGCUACAAUGUCCGAAAAUACUCCAAUUACGAUAGCGCACACUGAAGCUCCAAUAACGACAUUGGAAGUCGACGCUAUAACAUCCGAGAAUACUCCAAUUACAACAGCGCAAACUGAAGCUCCAAUAACGACAAUGGAAGUCGUUGCUACAACAUCUGAGAACAUUCCAAUUACAACAGCGCAGACAACCAACAAUUCCCCGAACACAUCAUCUGAGGCUCCAGUGACAACAUUAGAAGUCGAUGCUACUACAUCUGAGAACAUUCCAAUGACGACAGCGCAGACAACCAACAAUUCCUCGAUCACAUCAUCUGAGGCUCCAAUGAUAACAUUGGAAGUCGAUGCUACAAUGUCCGAAAAUACUCCAAUUACGAUAGCGCACACUGGAGCUCCAAUAACGACAUUGGAAGUCGAUGCUACAACGUCUGAGAAUACUCUAAUUACGACAGCGCAGACAACCAACAAUUAUUCGAUCACAACAUCUGAGGCUCCAAUGACAACAUUGGAAGAUGAUGCUACAACAUCUGAGAACACUCCAAUUACGACAACGCCGACAAUCGACAAUUCCCCGAUCACAACGUCCGAGACUCCAAUGACAACAUUGGAAGUCGAUGCUACAGCAUCUGAGAACAUUCCAAUUACGACAUCGCAGACAACUGACAAUUCCCCGAUUACAACGUCCGAGACUCCAGUGACAACAUUGGAAGUCGAUGCUACAAUGUCCGAAAAUACUCCAAUUACGAUAACGCAAACUGAAGCUCCAAUAACGACAUUGGAAGUCGAUGCUACUACGUCCGAAUAUACUCCAAUUACGACAGCGCAGACAACCGAAAAAUCCCCGAUCACAACGUCCGAGACUCUAGUGACAACAUUGGAAGUCGAUGCCACAACAUCCGAGAAUACUCCGAUUACAACAGCGCAAACUGAAGCUCCAAUAACGACAUUGGAAGUCGUUGCUACAACAUCUGAGAACAUUCCAAUUACAACAUCGCAGACAACUGACAAUUUCCCGAUUACAACGUCCGAGACUCCAGUGACAACAUUGGAAGUCGAUGCUACAAUGUCCGAAAAUACUCCAAUUAUGAUAGCGCAAACUGAAGCUCCAAUAACGACAUUGGAAGUCGAUGCUACAACGUCCGAAUAUACUCCAAUUACGACAGCGCAGACAACCAACAAUUAUCCAAUCACAACAUCUGAGGGUCCAAUGACAACAUUGAAAGUCGAUGCUACAACAUCUGAGAACAUUCCAAUGACGACAGCGCAGACAACCAACAAUUCCCCGAUCACAUCACCUGAGGCUCCAGUGACAACAUUAGAAGUCGACGCCACAACAUCCGAGAAUACACCAAUUACAACAGCGCAGACAACCGGCAAUUCCUCGAUCGCAACAUCUGAAGCUCCAAUAACGACAUUGGAAGUCGAUGCUACAACGUCCGAAUAUACUCCAAUAACGACAGCGCAGACAACCAACAAUUAUCCGAUCACAUCAUCUGAGGAUCCAGUGACUACAUUGGAAGUCGAUGCUACAACAUCUGAGAACAUUCCAAUUACAACAUCGCAGACAACUGACAAAUUCCCGAUUACAACGCCCGAGACUCCAGUGACAACAUUGGAAGUCGAUGCUACAAUGUCCGAAAAUACUCUAAUUACGUUAACGCAAACUGAAGCUCCAAUAACGACAUUGGAAGUCGAUGAUACAACGUCCGAAUAUACUCCAAUUACGACAACGCAGACAACCGAAAAUUCCCCGAUCACAACAUCUGAGGCUCCAAUGACAAUAUUGGAAGUCGAUGCUACAACAUCUGAGAACAUUCCAAUUACGACAUCGCAGACAACUGACAAUUCCCCGAUUACAACGUCCGAGACUCCAGUGACAACAUUGGAAGUCGAUGCUACAAUGUCCGAGAAUACUCCGAUUACAACAGCGCAAACUGAAGCUCCAAUAACGACAUUGGAAGUCGUUGCUACAACAUCUGAGAACAUUCCAAUUACAACAUCGCAGACAACUGACAAUUUCCCGAUUACAACGUCCGAGACUCCAGUGACAACAUUGGAAGUCGAUGCUACAAUGUCCGAAAAUACUCCAAUUAUGAUAGCGCAAACUGAAGCUCCAAUAACGACAUUGGAAGUCGAUGCUACAACGUCCGAAUAUACUCCAAUAAGGACAGCGCAGAUAACCAACAAUUAUCCGAUCACAUCAUCUGAGGCUCCAGUGACUACAUUGGAUGUCGAUGCUACAACAUCUGAGAACAUUCCAAUUACAACAUCGCAGACAACUGACAAAUUCCCGAUUACAACAUCUAAGGCUCCAGUGACAACAUUGGAAGUCGAUGCUACAACGUCCGAGAAUAAUCCAAUUACGACAGCGCAGACAACCGACAAUUUUCCGAUUACAACAUCUGAGGCUCCAAUAACAACAUUGGAAGUCGACGCUACAACGUCCGAGAAUACUCCAAUUACAACAGCGCAGACAACCGAAAAUUUCCCGAUAACAACAUCUGAGGCUCCAGUGACAUUAUUGGAAGUCGAUGCUACAACGUCCGAGAAUAAUCCAAUUACAACAGCGCAGACAACCGACAACUCUCCGAUUACAACAUCUGGAGCUCCAAUAACAAUAUUGGAAGUCGACGCUACAACUUCCGAGAAUAAUCCAAUUACGGCAGCGCAGACAACCGACAACUCUCCGAUUACAACAUCUGAGGCUCUAAUAACAACAUUGGAUGUCGAAGCUACAACGUCCGAGAAUACUCCAACAACGCAGAUAACCGAAAAUUCCCCGAUCACAACAUCUAAGGCUCCAUUGACAACAUUGGAAGUCGAUGCUACAACGUCCGAGAAUAUUCCAAUUACGGCAGCGCAGACAACCGACAACUCUCCGAUUACAACAUCUGAGGCUCUAAUAACAACAUUGGAAGUCGACGCCACAACUUCCGAGAAUAUUCCAAUUACAACAGCGCAGACAACCGAAAAUUUCCCGAUCACAACAUCUGAGACUCCAGUGACAUUAUUGGAAGUCGAUGCUACAACGUCCGAGAAUAAUCCAAUUACGACAGCGCACACAACCGACAACUCUCCGAUUACAACAUCUGAGGCUCCAAUAACAAUAUUGGAAGUCGACGCUACAAAUUCCGAGAAUAAUCCAAUUACGGCAGCGCAGACAACCGACAAUUCCCCGAUCACAACGUCCGAGACUCCAGUGACAACAUUAGAAGUCGACGCCACAACAUCCGAGAAUACAUCAAUUACAACAGCGCAGACAACCGAAAAUUCCCAGAUCACAAUAUCUGAGGCUCCAGUGACAACAUUAGAAGUCGAUGCUACCAUUUCCGAAAAUACUUCAAUUACAACAGCGCAAAUCACCGAAAAUUCCCCGAUCACAACAUCUGAAGAUCUGAUGAAAGCCUCAGAGGUCGACGUUACAAUGUCCGAGAGUACUCCAACAACGCAGAUAACCGGAAAUUCCCCGAUCACAACAUCUAAGGCUCCAUUGACAACAUUGGAAGUCGAUGCUACAACGUCCGAGAAUACUCCAAUUACGGCAGCGCAGACAACCGACAUCUCUCCGACUACAACAUCUGAGGCUCUAAUAACAGCAUUGGAAGUCGACGCUACAACUUCCGAGAAUAAUCCAAUUACGGCAGCGCAGACAACCGACAAUUCCCCGAUCACAACGUCCCAGACUCCAGUGACCACAUUAGAAGUCGACGCCACGACUUCCGAGAAUACUCCAAUUACAACAGCGCAGACAACCGAAGAAACACCAUUGGAAGUCGAUGCUACAACGUCCGAAUAUACAACAAUUACGGCAGCGCAGACAACCGACAACUCUCCGAUUACAACAUCUGAGGAUCUAAUAACAACAUUGGAAGUCGAAGCUACAACGUCCGAGAAUACUCCAACAACGCAGAUAACCGAAAAUUCCCCGAUCACAACAUCUAAGGCUCCAUUGACAACAUUGGAAGUCGAUGCUACAACGUCCGAGAAUAUUCUAAUUACGGCAGCGCAGACAACCGACAACUCUCCGAUUACAACAUCUGAGGCUCUAAUAACAACAUUGGAAGUCGACGCCACAACUUCCGAGAAUACUCCAAUUACAACAGCGCAGACAACCGAAAAUUUCCCGAUCACAACAUCUGAGACUCCAGUGACAUUAUUGGAAGUCGAUGCUACAACGUCCGAGAAUAAUCCAAUUACGACAGCGCACACAACCGACAACUCUCCGAUUACAACAUCUGAGGCUCCAAUAACAAUAUUGGAAGUCGACGCUAUAACUUCCGAGAAUAAUCCAAUUACGGCAGCGCAGACAACCGACAAUUCCCCGAUCACAACGUCCGAGACUCCAGUGACAACAUUAGAAGUCGACGCCACAACAUCCGAGAAUACAUCAAUUACAACAGCGCAGACAACCGAAAAUUCCCAGAUCACAAUAUCUGAGGCUCCAGUGACAACAUUAGAAGUCGAGGCUACCAUUUCCGAAAAUACUCCAAUUACAACAGCGCAAAUCACCGAAAAUUCCCCGAUCACAACAUCUGAAGCUCUGAUGACAGCAUCAGAGGUCGACGUUACAAUGUCCGAGAGUACUCCAACAACGCAGAUAACCGGAAAUUCCCCGAUCACAACAUCUAAGGCUCCAUUGACAACAUUGGAAGUCGAUGCUACAACGUCCGAGAAUACUCCAAUUACGGCAGCGCAGACAUCCGACAUCUCUCCGAUUACAACAUCUGAGGCUCUAAUAACAGCAUUGGAAGUCGACGCUACAACGUCCGAGAAUACUCCAAUUACAACAGCGCAGACAACCGAAAAUUUCCCGAUCACAACAUCUGAGACUCCAGUGACAUUAUUGGAAGUCGAUGCUACAACGUCCGAGAAUAAUCCAAUUACGACAGCGCACACAACCGACAACUCUCCGAUUACAACAUCUGAGGCUCCAAUAACAAUAUUGGAAGUCGACGCUACAACUUCCGAGAAUAAUCCAAUUACGGCAGUGCAGACAACCAACAAUUUCCCGAUCACAACGUCCCAGACUUCAGUGACCACAUUAGAAGUCGACGCCACGACUUCCGAGAAUACUCCAAUUACAACAGCGCAGACAACCGAAGAAACACCAUUGGAAGUCGAUGCUACAACGUCCGAAUAUACAACAAUUACGGCAGCGCAGACAACCGACAACUCUCCGAUUACAACAUCUGAGGCUCUAAUAACAACAUUGGAAGUCGAAGCUACAACGUCCGAGAAUACUCCAACAACGCAGAUAACCGAAAAUUCCCCGAUCACAACAUCUAAGGCUCCAUUGACAACAUUGGAAGUCGAUGCUACAACGUCCGAGAAUAUUCCAAUUACGGCGGCGCAGACCGCCGACAACUCUCCGAUUACAACAUCUGAGGCUCUAAUAACAACAUUGGAAGUCGACGCCACAACUUCCGAGAAUACUCCAAUUACAACAGCGCAGACAACCGAAAAUUUCCCGAUCACAACAUCUGAAACUCCAGUGACAUUAUUGGAAGACGAUGCUACAACGUCCGAGAAUAAUCCAAUUACGACAGCGCACACAACCGACAACUCUCCGAUUACAACAUCUGAGGCUCCAAUAACAAUAUUGGAAGUCGACGCUACAACUUCCGAGAAUAAUCCAAUUACGGCAGCGCAGACAACCGACAAUUCCCCGAUCACAACGUCCGAGACUCCAGUGACAACAUUAGAAGUCGAUGCCACAACAUCCGAGAAUACAUCAACUACAACAGCGCAGACAACCGAAAAUUCCCAGAUCACAAUAUCUGAGGCUCCAGUGACAACAUUAGAAGUCGAUGCUACCAUUUCCGAAAAUACUCCAAUUACAACAGCGCAAAUCACCGAAAAUUCCCCGAUCACAACAUCUGAAGCUCUGAUGACAGCAUCAGAGGUCGACGUUAGAAUGUCCGAGAGUACUCCAACAACGCAGAUAACCGGAAAUUCCCCGAUCACAACAUCUAAGGCUCCAUUGACAACAUUGGAAGUCGAUGCUACAACGUCCGAGAAUAAUCCAAUUACGGCAGCGCAGACAACCGACAUCUCUCCGAUUACAACAUCUGAGGCUCUAAUAACAGCAUUGGAAGUCGACGCUACAACGUCCGAGAAUACUCCAAUUACAACAGCGCAGACAACCGAAAAUUUCCCGAUCACAACAUCUGAGACUCCAGUGACAUUAUUGGAAGUCGAUGCUACAACGUCCGAGAAUAAUCCAAUUACGACAGCACAGACAACCGACAACUCUCCGAUUACAACAUCUGAGGCUCCAGUAACAAUAUUGGAAGUCGACGCUACAACACAAUUCCCCGAUCGCAACUUCUGA